CUCUCUCUGUUUCUCUCUCUUCCUCUCUCCAGGUACUACAGAGGGGCGGUGGGGGCUCUGCUGGUGUAUGACAUCACCAAGCACCUAACCUAUGAGAGUGUGGAGCGUUGGCUGAAGGAGCUGUACGACCACGCCGACCCCCACAUGGUGGUCAUGCUGGUGGGCAACAAGAGUGAUCUAGGUACCCUGAGGACCGUGCCCACCGAGGAGGCCAAGGACUUCACAGAAAAGAAUGGCCUCUUGUUUAUGGAGACGUCAGCUCUGGAUUCUACCAACGUUGAAGCUGCUUUCCAGGAAGUUCUCACAGCGAUCCACAAGAAGGUGGCCGGUCGAGAGGUGCCCCGCGUGUCCAUCACUGCCGUGACCCUGUCCAGUACUAUUGGACCAGCUAGCGACGCCCAGGAGAAACACAGUACCUGCUGCAAGAACCUCUGACCAGUUCUGACAGGUUCUGACCAGGCUUCUUCUUCUGAUUUUAUAUGGCGCUUGGCAACCAACUUUAAGGUGCCUUACCAUAAACCGACUGGACUGGA